AGCAAGCAACUUUAAAUAUUAAAGAAAAAUGACAAUUAGAUUUCAUGUCAACAACCAUCAUGGAAGCAAGUAAAGUGUUGAAUUAGAAAAAAAGUGUUUGGUGCAUCAUGCCUGUGUAGUAAAAAGAGGAGAUUUGGUGAUUGAUGGGAGAAAGCAGAUAUGAUGGAGAAGGCGAAAGAAAGUGUUGAAGCAAGCAAGGAAGAAGCAGAGCGAGUUUUGUCGCUGAGCUUCACCCCUCAUCGCCAGGGCGUCGACCAUACCACCUUCUACAGCUAUUUUUGCCUCAGAGGCAUCCGGGUCGACAGAUGCCGACCCGGUUUCAUCUCCUGCACUUUCAAAGUCCCUUCACGACUCACCGAUAAAAAUGGGAAUUUGGGAUGUGGGGCGAUCGCCACGCUGGUGGAUGAAGUGGGAUGUGCAAUGCGUUAUGUGGAAGGUCUUCCCUUUAAUGUUACUGUUGCCAUUUCAAUCACUUAUCUCUCUACUGCAAAGCUUCAUGAUGAAUUGGAGAUCACCGGGCGGGUUUUGGGUAAUAUGGGAAACUAUUUUGGAACCAGCAUUGUUGUGAAGAACAAAGCAAGUGGGGAGAUCAUUGCUGAUGGGAGAACUUCUUUGUACCGUAACCCUAUAAAUUAUAAUAGCAAGAUGUGAUAUGAUGCCUUCCCUUUCUGCUUUCAUUUCAUUUUCUGCAAACCCUACUGUAGAAUUGGUGAUUUUUAUGAGGAUACUUCUCACAUUUUCUAUUCUAUGUUUCUCAAGUCUGGAUAUGGAAGUCUUUCGUUUGCUUUGAUUUUAGUGGGGUCAGGAAAUUCAAAGAAAAUUUCUCUACUCUCUUCUAAUGUGGUGUACUUGUCACUUCUACUACCUACUUUAACAUAAUAAAUAUACUCUAUAUUUUACUUAA